AUGCGUGCGCUUUUCUUUAUUUUUGCUGUUCUUGCCAUCGUCUUGGGCGUUGUAGACGCUCGCGAGAAUCGAGUUGCUCGUCUGAAACGACAACUACUUGCUCGCCAAACCCCGUUCAGUGGGCCUACUACUGUUACUACUACACGCUCUGCUGAAACAUUUGCCGGGACCGUCGUCGAAACGUGCACUAUUACUCUUACACCGGUCAUUGAGAAUGGACAGAAUCUGGUUAGGGAGGAAAGGAACUGCAAAGCAGAGCUUAUUCGUUCGUCCUCGACGUUACCGGCCGUAACGACUGUACCUGCGUCAUCCGUUCUGGCCCCAAGUGCGCCGCCCGCCCAGAGCGCAUCGACGACAAGCACGGUUGUUGUAACGCAAAUCGCGAGUGGAGGUGUAACUCGCCCUGUCAGCACUACGAGCACAGUAGUAGUCACCGUCACUGCCUCGUCUUCCUCCGUUACCACUUCCGGCGCUUCUACCUCGUCUGUUGCUUCCACAUCUGUCGCAUCCACAUCUGCAGCUGUCUCGACCAGUUCUGCAGUUGUCAGCUCUGCUGUUUCGACCAGUGCAGCACCCACUUCCACCUCGGUCUCUACCAGCGCGGCGGUUUCAACCUCUGCUGCUGCUGUUACCUCUUCGGCUGUUACAUCCUCCGCCGUUGCUACCUCGACCUCUGCAGCGGUAACCUCCUCUGUGCCCCAAGCAACCAGCUCGGCUGUCUCCUCAUCCGCAGGCGGACCAGCCAAAGAAAUCGGUACCGAAACCAAAUCCGGUUCUUCUCUCCCUCCUGCCUCGACAACUGCAUCUGUUUCCGCAUCGGCAGCACCAGAUCAAGCUCCAUCGGCUACCACUCCUCUUGCCGUCAGCACUACCCCAACGCCCGCUCAGGCUGAAUCCUCCCCCUCGACUACUCAGUUCACGCUUCCUGGAAAGAAACUCGAGGUCUUGCCGAUCGGGUUGGGUGUGUUUGCCGGUAUCUCCGUCAUUGCGUUGAUUGUGGUCGGUCUUGUCACGUACGAGCGUACCAAGUAUCGCAAGGCGUUCAGGCAACGCAAGUUGGCUGAACAGGGUGCUGGUAUGGGAUACAGUGGCAUGAGUCAACGAGUCUAA